AUGGGGCGCCGCUCGGGAGGAGGAGGAGGCGGCGGUUUCCGCAGCGCGCCACGGGCCCCCAAGCCGGCAGCGGCCAAGCCGGCGGCGGCCAAGACGUCGUCCGCCCAGCCGCCGGCCAAGACCGACGGCAACGCCCCCACCUCCGUGUUCGGGUCAAUGGGCUCCGCCAUCGCCGACGGGGUCGGGUGGGGCGUCGGGACCAGCAUGGCGCACCGGGCCAUGGACUCCAUAAUGGGCCCGCGGACCAUCAGGGUCGUCGAGGAUCCGCCGGCCGCCGCCGCCGCCGACGCCUGCGGCAUCCAGAACCAGGCCUUCAGCAACUGCAUCUACGGCAACGAGAGCGACAUCAGCAGGUGCCAGAACUACUUCGACCUGCUCUGCCAGUGCCGCCGCUCCGGAGGAGGACAAGGAGGAGCGUCCACCAUGGCCUAAACCCUAAGAUUAUUCCACAACCAUAUAUAUGUCCCAGCUACAUGAUCCUACUAGAUUGUUUCCUUCCGAUCGAGUCUUCACGUUUCCUCAUAUUGCUCGUCGAGUGAUCAAUCAGCCAGCCAGUCAUCCAGUUGUCCGUCCUUGAAUAACAACUUGGAGAAAGAUCGAUCGGUGUUAUCUUUGUAAGAGAACAUUUUAAUUACAUAUCUUGUCUCCGUUCGCUGGAUUUGUAAAAUUUAGUACCGUUUGA